CACUAAAGAGAAUAUUUCUAUUUCAUUGGGAUGUAAUCUAGAAAUCUGUGAUGAGAUUAUGUCAUGUCUCCUUCUUUCCCUCUCAGAUGUAGAUGAAUGUAGUGACAGGGUUCUUGCCUGUCAUGGUCUGGAUGAGAUUUGUACCAACACAGAGGGCUCUUUCCGCUGUGACUGUGCGGAGGGAUUCAUCCGCAGGGACAGUGUGUGUGUGAAGAAGCAGCAGCCUAGUGUUCAGGAGAAAGGCCUGUUUGAGGAUAUCCAGGAUGACGAGGUGGAGGUGCUGCAGCAGAUGUUCUUUGGGGUGGUGCUUUGUGCUCUGGCCACACUGGCCGCUAAAGGAGAUUUGGUUUACACAUCUGUAUUCAUGGGAGCGGUGGCAGCCAUGGCGGGGUACUGGCUUUCUGACAGGGGAGAUCGUUUGUUAGACAGCUUCCUAAAGGGGCAUUGAAGCUCAAUACUGCUGCAAAAAGGACUUGUGCAUUGUAAAAUGCAGCUGCACAAGCACCUCUGCGCCAUAGACCACAUGCUAGUGUUCUGCACGGCCCCGUGCAUUUAGCGUCUUGUGCAUUCGCUUGUGUUAAGGACAAUAAGGACAAGUUAUUAAUGUAAAAAUUCUCUGAAAAAUGACCCUUUCGAAUGUCAUUGUUCUCUAUCUGUUAGAGAAGCGUUCAUUUUGUUUUAAUUGUCAUGGCAACCUUUCAACAACUCCUGAACCACCAUGAAGAGAAGGCAAAACUCCCAAUUUUGAUUAUUAUGCUUGAGGACAGACGUCAUAAAACAGCUAGUGCUAAAUGUCAGCGAGAGUACAGAGUGUACAUCUACCCACAACAGAAUAGGACGUCCUCUCUUUCAUGUUUGAAGCCACAACAGAAGAAGUGACAAAUCAAGUGAGUUUUUUUCUGCACCCACAGCUUCUUUCUGUGUUGUAGUUUUUGUUUUGGCUGAGAAUGGAGAAUAUUUUUCUGUAAUAUGACAAAGCUGGGCAAAAUCCUAAAGCGAAUGCUGAGUGUGGAAGUUUAUUCUUGUCAAUAGUAGUUUGGCAAAGCUUCAUUCAAGAUCCACUUACUGGCUUACGGCUUUAUGAGGAGCUUUUCAAUUGUGUUUCACAGUCUUCAUCAGUGGGUGGAGUUUGCAUCUUGUGCUUUUUAUUGUUUUCAAGCAGCUACUCUUUUCUGGCAUUUGGCGCCACCAACAUACAAUCCUGCCAAUUGUAGCUUGAAUAAAUAAGAAUUUGCAUAUGUGUAUGUAUGUGCACAUAAACCAUGUAGUAGAUAUGCUUCUUAUACUGUAUCAGUAACACUAUUUGCACACUCUGAAUAUGAAGUUUUAACAUGUACAAUGUUGCAUAAAGUAAGAUUUCUAAUGCCCCUUUUCUCAAUGAAAACAUUUAUGUGUCUCAUGAGUGUAAAACACUGAAAUAAAUAUGUCUGCUGU